GCGUUUUCACGCUUCGUUAAAACGUUAAAACGGUUCGAUGAAAAAAUUUAACGCUUUCAAGAAAGCGUUUUUACGCUUUGGUGAAAGCGUUUGCACGGAUACGAAUAACCGUUUAAACGCACAGAAAAAUGAACCGUUUUUUUGGAUGGGCCUAUUCAUCCGUAUAAACGGUUUGACGAAUUUAUAUACCCAAUUUCACGGACGAAACCAGACGAUUUGGGGAAUCCUUUGAUCGCAGACCAUGAUACUGGUGUUUAAAUCAAACAACGGUAAAAUAUGUCAACUGUCUGUCGCAUGGGCAUGUUUGAUAUACCGGGAGGGGGGAAAUGAUUAACAGAUUCACCAAUUCACAAAAUGAGAAGUCUCGCCAUCAUAACUGGCAUAUUUUUUGUUUUAUGUUUCGUAACAAGUCAUUGCGCAAAUUCAACAGUGAGGUUACAAGGUCCAUCAAGUGCAAAUGGUACCGGUCGUGUAGAAGUAUUCUAUCGUGGAGAAUGGGGAACAAUCUGUGAUGAUGGAUGGGAUUUGAGGGAUGCUAGGGUAGCCUGUCGUCAACUAGGGUAUAAUGAUGUUGUUCGAACUCUUCAGAGAAAAGAGGUUCCUGAUGGUUCAGGCCAAAUAUGGUUAUCUCACGUCUCUUGUACCGGCAAUGAGCAAAAUAUAACAAAUUGUUCUCACGGUGGUUGGGGAAGUCAUCGUUGUUCACAUAAUAAAGACGCGGGAGUUAAAUGUACAAAUACAAAUUUUACUGGUAUACCAGUGAGACUGAGAUUACAAGGACCAUUAAGUGCAAAUGGUACUGGUCGUGUUGAAGUAUUAUAUCAUGGACUAUGGGGAACAAUCUGUGAUGAUGGAUGGGAUACGAGAGACGCUAGGGUUGUGUGUCGUCAACUAGGUUAUAAAGACGUUGUACGAAUUGUUCAGAAAAGCGAGGUUCCUGAUGGUUCAGGCCAAAUAUGGUUAUCCCACGUCUCGUGCACGGGAAAUGAGCAAAAUAUAAAAAGUUGUUCUCAUCGUGGUUGGGGAAGUCAUCGAUGUUCUCAUCGUCAAGAUGUAGGAGUUGAAUGUACAAAUACAGAUUUUGCAAGUAUACCUGUGAGACUGAGGUUGCAAGGACCAUCAAGCGUGAAGGGUAUUGGUCGUCUUGAAGUAUUGUAUCGUGGACAUUGGGGAACAAUCUGUCGUUAUGGCUGGGAUAUGAGAGACGGUAGAGUUGCAUGUCGUGAACUGGGGUAUAAAGAUAUUGUUCGAACUCUUCAGGGAAGAGAUGUUCCUUUUGGGUCGGGUAAAAUAUGGUUAUCUGAGGUCCAUUGCACAGGAAAUGAGCCAAAUUUGACAAGCUGUUCUCAUGAUGGUUGGGAAAAUCAUUAUUGCACGCAUGAUGAAGACGUUGGUGUUGAAUGCACAAAUACACUGUCAGCUAUACCUAUAAAACUGAGGCUACAAGGUCCGUUAAGUACGCGUGGUACUGGUCGUGUUGAGAUAUUAUAUCAUGGCUAUUGGGGAACAAUCUGUGAUCGUGGAUGGGAUGUGAGGGACGCUAGGGUUUUUUGUCGUCAACUUGGUUUUCAAGAUGUUGAUAAAACUCUUCAGGGAGGCGAGUUUCCCUUUGGUUCAGGCCAAAUAUGGUUAUCCAACGUCUCUUGUACUGGAAAUGAGCAAAAUAUAUCAAGUUGUUCUCACGAUGGUUGGGGAACUCAUGACUGUUCGCCUUUUGACGACGCAGGAGUUGAAUGUACAUACACAGAUUUCAUUCCCGUGAGGUUGCAAGGACCAUCAAGUGCGAAUGGUUCUGGUCGUGUUGAAGUAUUCUAUGGUGGAGAAUGGGGGACAAUCUGUGAUGAUGGAUGGGAUAUGAGAGAUGCCAGGGUUGUGUGUCGUCAGCUUGGUUUUAAAGAUGUUCUGCGAACUCUUCAGGAAAACGAGGUUCCCGGUGGUUCAGGCAAAAUAUGGUUAUCUGAGAUCUCUUGUACCGGAAGUGAGCAAAAUAUAACAAGUUGUUCUCACGAUGGUUGGGGAAAUCAUCCAUGUUCGCAUAGUGAAGACGCAGGAGUUGAAUGUACAAAUACAGAUUUCAUUCCCGUGAGGUUACAGGGACCAUCAAGUGCGAAUGGUUCUGGUCGUGUUGAAGUAUUCUAUCGUGGAGAAUGGGGGACAAUCUGUGAUGAUGGAUGGGAUAUGAGAGAUGCCAGGGUUGUGUGUCGUCAACUUGGUUUUAAAGAUGUUCUGCGAACUCUUCAGGAAAACGAGGUUCCUGGUGGUUCAGGCAAAAUAUGGUUAUCUUGGAUCGCUUGUACCGGAAGUGAGCAAAAUAUAUCAAGUUGUUCUCAUGAUGGUUGGGGAAGUCAUCGAUGUUCGCAUCGCGAAGACGCAGGAGUUGAAUGCACAAAUACAGAUUUUACAGGUAUACAAGUGAGACUGCGGUUGCAAGGACCAUCAAGUGAAAAUGGUAUUGGUCGUGUUGAAGUAUUAUUUCAUGGGCUAUGGGGAACAAUCUGUGAUGAUGGAUGGGAUAUAAAAGAUGCUAAAGUUGUGUGUCGUCAACUUGGUUACGAAAAUGUUGUACGAAAUCUUCAGAAAAGUGAGGUUCCUUCUGGUUCAGGCCAAAUAUGGUUAUCCCACGUCUCGUGCACAGGAAAUGAACCGAAUAUAACAAGUUGUUCUCACGGUGGUUGGGGAACUAAUUUUUGCUCGCAUGAUAAAGACGUCGGUGUUGAAUGUAAAGAGAAUCAUGAAGGAUCAAAAUCGAACAGCGUUCAGUGGCCAAUAUUUAUGAUAAUACCAGCAGUCAUCAUCGCUGGGAUUAUCAUUGCCUGUAUUUCGUUAUUUUAUCGCAGUCGAUGGUUGAAAAGAAAUACUAUUGCACCAGAUUCCACAACUCAAAAUACAAUUAGAAAUCCAGUCCUCGUUGGGUCGAAUCGUGUGGGUCACGCACAAAACCUUUCCAGGUCAGGAGGAGCUGUAGAUAACGCGGGUUACUUCACAAAUGACAAUACUGGGAUGUGAUUAGUUAAGAUUUGCGCAGGUUAUUCAUUGGUAGUACACUUCACAAGAAAAUUGUAGAUUUCGAAAAAUAUAACUUUUAAAGUUUUAGAAUAGCAGUUACGCUGAUUCAAACAAAAAUUUGGAUGGCGAAAAACAAACCAUGACGAUUUUUAUUAUUAGUAUUAUUAAAAAUUUAUUUAAACACGGUAGCCCUUCAGCUAGAGCUGAUUUUGAAGGGGCCGUUUGUACUAUUAUAAUACAUUAGUUAAAUAAAAAAAAUUAAACUAAUAUCUAUAGAAAAUAUUUACAGUGUGACAUCAAUUGGUACAUAAGCUUGUGCAAUAAUUUGUUAGAGAGAUUCCAAAAUAAGUAGUCAACAUUUGCUUAUGAUUGUAAGUUAGCUCAUUUGGUAAAUUGUUCCAGGCACAGGCUCCUCGAACGUCAAACUUCCGUGAAUUGAACGUCUAACUUCCGUGACAUAGUAUCAUAGAAUCUUCAACUUUGCAUUUGGCGUUGUUCCGUUAAAA